AAAUAAAAAAAAAAAUGGCCGCCAAAAAAAAAAAAAACCCCGCCUCGAUCCGAGAUUCCCACGGUCAUUACUCGGUACUGUCAGUGCUCAGUGGCUCUUCAUGCCCGCCGCUCCUUACCCGCUCGCUAGCCUCUGGCCGUCAUGACUCAAUCUUCCAGGAUAACCGACUUCGAUGAUUUCGCAAAGGUUCACGCCAUUCUUCUCGCUGCCUCCGGCAUCCCACCAGCGCUCCACCGGCACCUCUUUCACAAACUGUACUCCGAAAUCUUCGAUGGCGGCAACUUCUUCACCAUCGAACAGUGCGAGGGAGGACUCCAGCGGCGCCUUCUCCUCUCCGCUAAAUUUCUCCCAAUGGAGUCUGACCUCUUCCUAAUCGACCACGCCUGGACCUUCCGCCUUUCUGACGCCCUCAAACAGCUGAAGGAACUGCCGGGGUUGGCCGAGAGGAUGGCUGCUCUGAUGUGUGUUGAUCUUGACUUGGAACCAGAUUCUGUUGGAGUAAGAGAAGUUGAAUCUGGACAAAGUUUAGAGAAUGGAAUCGAGAAAAACGUUUCGGAAAUCUUGGAGAGGGAAAUGGAGAAGGGUAGUCAUUCUGCUACUUGGCUGGAGCUGGAGGAGCUUGAAAUCAACGAUGAUAUGCUGUCCUCACUCGACUUGCCAACUAGAUUUCCGGUUAGUGAUUCUCCUCCAUUACUGUAUAAUCUAGCUUCGUUUUUAGGCAGUCAUUAGAAGUUUGAUCUCGCU